UUGGAUACAGCUAGCAUAGAAUAUUAAAUUAAAUUUAAGAAAAGGAUUGGUGCAUUUUAAUUAUAAAUUUAAGAAAAGGAUUGGUCCAUUUUGUUGUUGACCAUCUUCCUUAUAAUUAAUUCCAAAACGAGAGAGAAAAGGGGAAGAUGAAGUAGAGCUAAAGAGAGUUAGAAGAAGUGGAUAUGGCGGAGGCAAUUGUAUUAUCGGCGGUGGAAAAGCUGGAGAAUCUGCUGGUGAUUAAGGAGGGUGUUUCCAAACAUCGAAAAACAGCAAAGGAGAAGGAGGAGCUAGUAGUAGUAGUAGUGGAAGGGCUGAGAGAUGAUCUCAGAGGGAUGCUGUCUCUCUUCACUAACAACAGCACCAAGGAAUCUGGAGAUUACAUAUCUCGAGUCACGGAGAUUGCUCACGACGUGGACGUCGCCAUUGAUAACUACAUCCUGCAGGAUACUCAACCAAAAUCGCCAAUUUUAAGAUUCUUUAAAUUCAGUAGCGGCCAUGCAUUCAGCAGAGAGAUCCAUGGCAUGCGGCACAGGCUCCAAGCUGUGUGGUGCGAUUUUUCUAGAUCCGAGGAGGCGGGUCCCACCACGAGAUCAACAAGUCGCCGGAUUCCUCCGGCAGUCGAAGUAGAAGUGGGGGUGGUGGAGGGCAUGAAGGAGGAUGUGGAAUUGGUGCUCCGGAAAGCGAUCUUCUUGGAGGAGUCGGCGCAGGGGCUCGCAACAUCGUGUAUCGUGGGCAUGGGGGGUGUGGGGAAGACCACUCUUGCUCAGAUGCUAUACACCCAUGAGCGCGUGGCUUCUGAAUUUGAGAUCCGCGCUUGGGUGUAUGUUUCCACUGAAUUCACUUCAAAACAGGUGCUUAAGGAACUAAUUCUGCAGUUCGGAGUGAAUUACGAUGAGGUGGACGCCGACGAGCCUAGCCGCCUCCGCGAUAUCGUCUACCAACACCUGCACACCACACGAUACUUCAUAGUUCUUGACCACGUUUGGAGAGACAAAGAAUUGGACUUCGUCUUCACCGCUUUUCCUCAUAACGAAAAAGCAAGUAGAUUGUUGGUGACCAGUCGUAUUCGGGAUAUAAUAGGCCAUGCCCAAUACAUUCAUGAGAGGAGAACUCUUGAUCAUAUUCAGAGUUGGAGAUUGUUCUUGAAGACGGUAUUCGGAGAGUACAAUAAAUGCCCCAACCACUUGGUGGAAAUAGGGAGAAAGAUCGUUACAAGGUGUGACGGUUUGCCGUUGGCAAUAAUGGAAGCUGGAGGCAAGUUGUCUGUAAAGGAACAGUCGGAGAGUGAAUGGGCAAGUUUUCUAGAAUCAAUGGAUUUAAGUUCAACAUCAGAAAUAUUGGAGUUGAGCUACCACAAAAUGCGUUCUCCAAUAAUGAAAUCAUGCUUCUUGCAUGUGGGCUCUUUCAUGGAAGGUACAACUAUAAGAGUCCAAAAAUUGGUACAAUUAUGGACUGCAGGAGGAAUAUUGGACGUCUCACGAGGAAAAGAGAAAAGUAAAACCGAUGAGGAAAUUGGAAUUUUUUUUAUAGCUGAAUUGAUUAAUGAGUGCAUAUUUGAAGUAAAAGGGAGGAGUAAGACAGACUACCGGGUUAAAUACUGUUACAUCAAUCGUAAUCUUCACAGGUUAGCCGUCGCAAAAGCAACGGAGGAAAUACGGUUUGAGGUUCGAAAGAGUGAUGAUCUAACCUCUAAGAAAAGUCGUCAUUGUGUUAUCUGUUGUAGUAGAGACAAGUUCAAUUACCACAGAGAUCAUGAUAAACAUCUUAUCUCUCUUGUCUUUCGUGGAGGGGGCAGCUUGGACAAUGGAUUAUCUUGGUUGAAGAGAUUAAAACUACUUAAGAUACUUGAUUUUGAAGGUUUUGGCUUGAAAACUUUACCGGUAAAUAUUGGAAAGUUGAUUAGCUUGGAAUAUUUGGGAUUGAGAAACAAUUUCAUAAAACAGCUUCCACAGUCAUUGGCGAAGUUGAAAAGGCUUGAGGUUUUCGAUAUAGCACUAAACUUCGAGGUGGAGGUGCCGCGACAUAUAUGGAAAAUCCGAAGCCUUCGUCACCUUUACAUGUCUGACAUAAUAUGUAUGGAGCCUUUGCAGAUAGAUGAUCUAAAGAAUCUGCAGACCCUCACCUACAUAUCGGCUGAUAAUUUGACAUAUGAGCUCUUACGAUUUGAAAAGAUGGAUAAUCUCCGUAAAUUGGGCAUACAAGAAGUAGAUAGAAUCACAGAUGUCAGCAAGAUCUUGGCUUCGCUGGCUAUGGUGAAGAAUCUUGAUUGCCUCAUCUUAAAGGGGUCUCGUUUCAGAAGAAUGUCUUCACUGGACGAGCUUUGUAGUCUAAACCGUCUCACUCAACUCAAACUGGAUGGUCUCCUCACCAAGUUGCCGAGUGCCACUGAUUUCCCUCCAGAUAUUCGUUACAUGAGCUUGGUUAAUACCUCUCUUGAUGAAGACCCCAUGCCGGUGCUCGAGAAGCUAUCCAAGCUACAAAUCCUCAACCUGAGGAAUGCUUUCAUGGGUGAAGAAAUGAUGGUCUCACAUUUGGGGUUUGCAGAGCUCGAAGGUCUAUGCAUGGGGGAGUUGUGGCGUCUGAGAAACUUACAAGUUGGAGAAGGUGCAAUGCCGAAGCUGAAGCGAUUGGAAAUCAACAAUUGCCCGUAUCUGGAGACCCUCCCAAAAGAGAUGGCUAAUCUCAAGGAGUUGAAGAUGGUGACAACCAAAGGCAUUGCAAGAAAGAUAUUGGAGACGGGCGCCUGCGGCUCAAUCUCCAAAAGAGGGCAUGUUGAUAUCCAGCCUUAAGAGGUGGUGGUGAGAACAAGGUCAAAGUAUAGUAGAAAAUGGAGAAGUUAAGGGCCUUCGAAAUAACCUUCACCAAACACCAGCAAUGAAGGUAGACGAUAUUGAAUGAACAUUAUCAUGUAACUAGAGUAAAUUGUUUUGUUGAAGAAUAUGACUCGGAAACUGUCUUCACAUUUUUUUGCUUCUGUGCUCUCUCUCUUUUCUUCUACACAGGUACUCUUUUUCCUGCUUA